AUGGAUUCUCCAGGUCGAGUGAAAUACAGAGGGAAACCAACAAGCAGGGAAAAGGGCAGCACAAACGGAUUUACAAAUGGCGUGAAAAAACACGCAAAGUCAAGAACUGGAGUGUUGGACAACGAGCAGGAACUCGAACAAGCCAUUACUCAUACUUCCAGCAAACACAAAGAUGGUAAUGGUGCUAGGAAAUCAACGGAGGAACAGCAGCAUCGUGCCAUGGUAAAUCACAACAGCUCGUCUCAAAAAGAUCGAAAGGAACAAAAAGUCAAUUUUUGCUCGGUUAAUACUCCUUGGAGACGCAGAUUGCAAACCUUGGCUGUUGCGUGGCAUGUGGGUUCGUUUGUGUACAUUUCGGCAUUUGCCAUGUUGGCGUUGGCAAACCCAAUAAUGUGGAUCUUGAUGAUUCCCUACAUGGGGUACUAUGCAAUGGACCGGUCUCCAGCCAACGGAAACGUGACGAGACGGUAUUCUCCUUGGUUUAGAAGCCUCUCUUUUUGGCACUACUACUGCGCUUACUACCCAAUCCGUCUGCACAAAACGGCAGAUCUACCUCCCUCCUUUACGGCCAAAGAAAGCACUGGGAAAAGCACUAAAAGUCCAUAUCGCAUAAGCUUCAAAAUUCGGAUUUAUCCGUUCAAGUAUUCGCUGAAAUUCAAUAUCCUCAAACGCAGUAACAGCUCUAUAGAGCCAGAAAUGGAGGCAACAGGCCCUCGCUACAUUUUUGGCUAUCAUCCUCACGGCGUUGCUGCGCUGGGUGCUUUUGGAGCGUUUGCAACGGAAGGAGCUCAUUUUUCACAGCUUUUCCCAGGCGUGAAAAUGUGCUUGAUGACGCUUAUCAACCAGUUCCAAAUUCCCUUUUAUAGGGACUAUUUGUUGUUUUUGGGUAUCACGUCUGUAUCGAAGAAAAAUGCUUUGAGAGUGCUGCAGCGAAACCAUUCGAUUUGUAUUGUGGUAGGAGGGGCCCAGGAGGCUCUUCUUAGUAAGAUUGAUUCCGCAGACUUAGUACUCAAGAGAAGAAAAGGUUUCAUCAAACUGGCUUUGGAAACCGGAAACGUCAGCCUCGUGCCUUGUUAUGCAUUUGGGGAAACAGAUUGUUACAACAUUCUUCAAACCGACGAAGCGUCAUACCUACAUCGGCUCCAGUUGUGGUUCAAGAAAUCUUAUGGAUUCACAAUCCCGUUUUUCUUCGCGCGUGGACUUUUCAACUACGAUUUCGGUCUCAUUCCCUUUCGGAGUCCUAUAAAUGUUGUGACAGGCAAUCCCAUAUAUGUCAAGGAUAAACAUGAGAACCCUACUAUGGAGGAGAUCGACUACUAUCAAAACCUUUACCUCGAAGAACUCGAGAGGAUUUUCUACUCGAACCGCAAGCAGUUCGGGUACGAACACCAGGAACUAAAAUUUGUAGAAUAA